AUGGCACCAGCUGGUGCCAAAUUCCUCGGACCUGUCAUCUUAGAGGUGCCACAUUUCGCAUCUCUUCGAGAUCGCGAACGUGAAAUAGUCAUCCUACGUUCUGAUGACGGCCAACACUGGAAAGAGCACCAGCUUGAAGCGACCGAGGACGCAGUACAGGAGGUGCUGAACGAGUCGUUUGACGCGGAAGAAUUGGCUCAGCUUGAUGAUCUCCACACACCAAGAAUCACCCGUAUACUCACCAAUGAUUUCCCCAUGUACUUUGCUGUUGUUACAAGAGUUCGACAGGAGGUUCACUGCGUCGGACCUGAAGGAGGUGUAAUCAUGUCAUCUGUAGUACCUCGGGUACAGGCAAUCUUCCCAGACGGUUCGCUGACGAAGACGAUCAAAGUGUCAGUACAAGCUCAACCGGUCCCUCAAGAAAUGGUCACCCGUCUUCAUGGCAACCGUGUGGCUGUGUCACCGAUUGUCACUGUCGAACCACGCCGUAGAAAAUUCCACAAGCCUAUCACCCUCUGCAUCCCACUCCCACAAAGUAGUAACAAGGGAAUGCUCACACAAUAUUCUGGACAACCCGGUCAAGAGCCACCAACACUUCGUCUACUUUGCUCGAUCACUGGAGGUUCGGCUCCUGCGCAGUGGGAGGAUAUCACAGGCACGACCCAACUCACGUUCACUGGAGAUGAGGUCUCAUUCACAACAACGGUAUCUGCUCGAUUCUGGUUGAUGGACUGUCAGACACCUCGAGAUGCUGCUCGAAUGGCUCAAGAAGUGUACAACGAGGCUAUUUGCAUCCCGUACAUGGCGAAGUUCGCCGUGUUUGCGAGGAGAACGUUCCCUGUGGAGGGCCAGCUAAGAGUUUUCUGUAUGACUGAUGACAAGGAAGACAAAACGCUUGAGAAACAAGAACAUUUCAAGUUGAUUGCUAAGUCACGUGAUGUUGAGGUNUUUCCUCUCCAGGUUCUGAAAGGCAAACAUCAAUUCCUUGAAUUUGCUGGAAACCUUGUACCAGUGACAAAGAGUGGAGAUCAGCUAAGCCUGUACUUCUUACCGUUCCAAGAGAAUCGGCUUGCGUUCAUGGUUAAGACACGCAAUAAAGAUGAUACAGAAGCGGCUACUGAAGGAAGAAUAGCUUUCAUGACUGAACCCAAGGUCCGUGCUGAAUCACUACCUCCCCAACAACCAAUUUGUACUCUUGCCAUUUCUUUACCCGAAUACACUGGUGAGGCCCCAAAAAUCACUGUAAAGAAGGAUACAACACCAUUUGAAGUGAAAUAUAAAGGCGUGCUGGAUAAGGAAUUGCCCGAUUAUGUGCACAACAAUGUUAUCAAAGGCGUAGGCGCUGACUGGCAACGAUUAGCACGCGCCCUCGAACUUCCACAUAGAGAUAUUCAAUAUAUACGUCAACAUUAUCCGGGCAAGGAAAUUACGAACGUGCUGAAGAUAUGGAUUUAUUUGAAGAAGGAAGAAGCCAGCCCUGAGCGCCUAGAUAAUGCAUUACGUCGUAUUGGACGUGAUGACAUUGUCCGAAGUAUCGCACACGGCGAACCAGACUCACUCAGUUAUGGAAACGGAAGCGACUCACCGGCCAGCAAACGAUUCGAUCCACCAAAAUACGUCGAUUUACCUCCUGUGGUCACCCAAAGGUACGUAGAGAUCAGACUAUUCGCGAUUUCUAUCGGUUCUGCUGGUUAUGAAUACACCCCAAAACUGCCAACUGCUGCACAUGUAGAAACGAUAGUUGAAGAACCGGAAAGAGCUAAAGUCACAGUGCCAGAAGAAGAAGAGACAGUCUCAGAAGUACGAACAGUUGUUCGGACUGAGCGUCACGUGCACGACACUGAGGAUGGUCCAGUGGUUGAAGAAAGAACUAUCACCACAACAUACGAGGAUGAUGUCGCAGUAAAUGAACACAUCGUGGACAGGACAGUCCCAUUGAACGAUGAAGAGCGUAGAAACAAUCAUUUCUUCAGAUGGGAGGAAUUGAAUCGUCUGGCUGGCCACAAAGCUUACAUAAAUGAAGAACAAGAAGAGCCAUUGCCUGAAGGGAUGGCUCAAGAAGUCGAUACGGAGAAGUACACGGAACCUGAUGGCACAGUAGUCACUACGACUACAAUCACCAGCCAUUACACUUCGCGUAAUAUGUCCACCUGGGAACCAGUCGUUGCCGGCGUUACUGAAGACGGCGAGACCAUCUGCCUCGGACUAACAGCCGUCAGGAAUGGCAUCACUUCUGCACAAAUUCAUCAUGUGUCAUCCUCUAGUAGAUUCGAAGCGGAGCAAUGGAGUGGAGAACACGCAGAAGCGGAGCCACAUCAUGCGGACGACACUGUGAUAUCAACUACGGUCGCCUAUCCAAGUGGCGAAGAAGAAACUGCACCUCACGAUGAGAACACGCCCAUCGCGAGCAGUGCGCAGUUUGAACGCAACCGGAGCGCCUCUCUUGCCGCUGCUCUACAAGAUCUCGAUCCCAAGGGCACUCCACAAAUCGGUUUCUUCCAUCCGGGAAGUGCCGCACCGCUUUUGGAAGCAGAAGAGUACGAAGAAGGAGCACAGGUUCCUGCAUCUGAAACGAGGGACGCUGGAUCAGAAGUUGGCGCCGCUGAAGUUGUACUCUCUGAGUUGCUGCUGACACUUCAGGACCUUAAAAUGGCUGCACCAGAUCGCUAUAACGACGCUGUCAAUCGACUAAAAGAGUUGGAAGAAGAACUAAGGCAAGCUGGAGCUGUAACGCCAGCCGAUCCGCAGGUCGUUGAUGCCGUCGCAAGAGCACUUGCCGCAGCAGGAACUGAUCGUGAUGUACAGAUCAGAGUGAAUCAAAGUAGACAUACAACUACGACGAAGACUGUCUAUGAGACGGAAACACCAGGAAUGGUCGGAUUGGAGCCGGAGAAGAUUCGUGAGCUUCAUCAGCAGAUGUUGAGCAGCCUAAGUUCGCUUUAA